AUGGCCAGCAGCAUCGAUCUCUACAACCAAUACCCUCUCCACCUCGACCCGAGCUCCAAAGCCAUCUCCCUCCCCCCAUCAUCGAGCCAAUCCGCCUCCCAAACCGCCACCAUCAACGAAGAACUCCAAGCCCUCAACCACCUCCACCGCUCGCUCAUCAGCCUCGACCCCCCCAACAUCCCCCCUCCCCCCCUCCCUAUCAACCCCAAGCGCAGCGCCCAGAUCUCCAAGCUCCGCGACACCGCCAACCAAGCCUACCGCAAAUCCAACUACCCGGAGGCCGUCAAGCUGUACACCUACGCCAUUGACAUGGCACUCAGCCGCCCGGGUUGGGAACCCGUUAACCUGGUCCGCGACGAGCUCUCGGCUCUGUAUGCGAACCGCGCCCAGGCGCACAUGGCGCAGCAGGCGUGGCCGGAGGGCAUGCUCGACGCCAAGUCCAGCGUCGACUGCAAGCCGGUUGCGAACGUGAAGGCCUGGUGGCGCGCGGGCAAGUGUCUGUCUGAGAUGGGGCGGUGGGAGGAGGCGAAGACAAUCCUCGAGCGGGGCCUGGAGGUCGAGGGUAAGGAGAGUGAGGGUGGGAAGGAGCUGGGUACGUUGUUGGAGGAGGUGCAGCAGAGGCUGCAGAAGUCGGCUUAG